UAUGCAUUCCCUAUAUUCGGUGGCAUAUUCCCGCCAGUUUUACACUAAAGUAUCACACGCUGCUGCCACGUUGCUAUCUUCCAUAUGGGACCCACCCGCCACCAGCUUCAUAAGAACUUAAGAACCGCAUUCAGAAAAUUAUUUUCUCUGAUUUUAAUUGUAUAUAUGUGCAGGGUUUUUGAGUAGAUUUUGUUUCCUCUACAGUGCAAUGUCAAAGACUUUGGAUCGAAUUUCAAGCCCUUGUUGUGGUACUGAUGAAAGAAACAAACAGAAAUCAGAUGCUGAAAUUUCAGAGGGAAGAACAAGAUUUGGUAUUUUCAGAAGGGCUAAAAAUGUAUCCAGCAAACUAAGAAAUUCUAUAAGAAAUAAGCUGAGGAGGAGGAAUGAUUUUGGAGUUUCUGAAAUUGAGGAUGUUUCUGAAAUAGAGGAGCUGAAGGCUGUGGAUGCUUUUCGACAAGCAUUGAUCUCGGACAAUUUGCUUCCUGCAAGAUUUGAUGAUCAUCAUAUAAUGUUAAGAUUUCUAAAAGCAAGGAAGUUCAAUAUUGAAAAGGCAAAGUGCAUGUGGGCAGACAUGCUUCAGUGGAGGAAGGACUUUGGUGCAGACACAAUCAUGGAGGACUUUGACUUCACAGAAUUGAAGGAAGUUCAAGAAUACUAUCCACAGGGAUAUCAUGGCGUUGAUAAGGAUGGAAGACCAGUUUACAUUGAAAGAUUAGGGAAGAUCGACAUUGACAAGUUGAUGCAAGUGACUACUCUCGACCGAUUUGUAAAAUACCAAGUCCAGGAGUUCGAAAAGACUCUUGCUGUCAGGUUUCCUAUAUGUUCCGCUGCUGCAAACAGGCAUAUAGAUACAAGCAUGACAAUCUUAGAUGUCCAAGGAUUGGGUAUAAUGAGUUUGACUGGACCCGUUGUAGAAUUCAUUAAGGUUCUUCAAAAGAUUGAUAAUGACAAUUAUCCUGAAACACUUGGCCGAAUGUAUAUCAUCAAUGCUGGUCCUGCCUUCCAGUUGAUCUGGACUAUAGUGAAGCCUUUACUCGACCCAGAUACAACUUCCAAGAUUCAGGUGUUUGGCAGUAAUUAUCAAAGCGAAUUACUGGAAGCCAUUGAUGCAAGUCAGCUACCAGGUUUUCUAGGUGGGAGCUGCACAUGUUCAAAUGAGGGAGGUUGUUUGAAGUCUGAUAAGGGGCCGUGGGAGGACCAAAAUUUAUUGAAGAUAAGUUUAAAUGGAGAAGUACACACUAUGCAGAAAGUAACCAUAUCAUAUAGCGAAGAAUAUUAGCGUGAAGAAUUUGUUGUUUGUUGAAUCCAAUAAAACAGGGGAAGCUGAAGAGCUUUGUUGGUAUACGUCUACGUAUUUUGGGGUAUGUUCAUGGGGAUUCUGAAAUCAAGAAUUAUGCAUGAGGGGUAUUUGGCUUACAUUGCACUCGAGAAUCCAAUUCAAUUUGUUUCAUUUUAGUUUGAAAUCUUAUUCCAAUUCGGAUGUAACGGAUUCAAUUUGCUUUAGAAUUUAGAAAUAUAUGACGUUUUUUCCCCCCUC